GCGGAUUAUUAUCGCAAGGGAGGGAAAGCCAUGCUCCCCGUCAAGUGGAUGCCUCCCGAGGCUUUCCUAGAUGGCAUUUUCACCUCCAAAACGGAUGUUUGGUCCUUCGGGGUCCUCCUGUGGGAGGUGAUGUCCCUGGGCUACAUGCCCUACCCGGGCCGGGGGAACCAGGAGGUGAUGGAGCUGGUGACGCGGGGAGGCAGGCUGGAGGCGCCGAAGGGAUGUCCCCUCCCGGUCUAUCGGCUCAUGCAGCAGUGCUGGCACGCGGUGUCGGAGAGGCGGCCCGGGUUCGCCAGCAUCAUCGAGUCUCUCAAGCAUUUGUAUCCAUUGGAGGCUGGUUGGAACCCCAAGUCCCCUCUUCGGAAGAGGGAUGUCUAUUCAACAGCAGCACCUCAUUUCGAUAGCUCCCAAUACGUGGUUGCACUCGAAGGUCCUCUGGAGGAAAACGAUCAUGUCCUCACGGUGUCAGCAGGAGAUGAGGAAAUGUCAGUGUCUUACUCCCUCGAAGACAAGUAUCUUGGGAUUCUGAGUUCAGGGCUCAUCUAUGCAAAGAGGAAUCUGAACCCAUAUAAUAUUGGCUCUGAGCAUCUCGUGACCGUGCAUGCGAGGAGCUCCCAGGAUCCCCAUCUCAGUACCUCAUGCUCCGUUAAACUGAUAUGGCCUCAUGAUCAGUCACGGGGUGGAGGAUAUUCCCCUCAAGCCUAUGAGGUAUUUGUCCCAGAGAAGGCAGAAGGUGGUGCCAUGAUAGCUAAAAUAGAACCAGAUGGAAUUGGAGAUGGAGUGACUUAUCGAUUUGAAAAGGACAAUGAAGAUAACAAACUAUUUCAGGUAGAUCGAUCUACUGGCAUAGUGCGACUGCAGCCCAGUGUGCGUGGAUCAGACCUGAAGAAUACUGGCACCUACUCUCUGCCAGUGAUUGCUGAGUCUCGCUCUGGUGAAUUCAAAGUCACUCAACUACAGAUCCAACGCACCAAUCGGAACCAGAAGCCUGAGAUACUCAGAUGUGACUCUUACAGGCCCAAAGUAAAAGAAAAUCAAUCUAUUGGAACAUUUGUUGUAGAGUUGAACUGUACUGUGUACCAGUCUUCCACAUUUUCAAAACUCUAUCAUCUCCCACAGAUAAAGGCUCAGGAUGUGGAUACAGGGGACAAUGGAAAACUGACAUUCUCCAUCAUUGAACCACCUGGAAGUACAAGAAAAAAUUUUGAAAUUCGAACCAAUCCUCAAAACAGCAGAUCUGCCAUCAUCUCUACAGCAAGGAGCUUUGACUGUGAUGAGCCAACAAAUGAGCGGAAAUUUUCCAUCCCAGUCUUGGUUACAGAUGGAGGGACACCACCUCUGCAGGCCUUGUGCAUAGUGGAGGUGGAAAUAAUUGAUUUGAAUGAUAAUGAGCCCCUCUUUGAUAGAACGAUGUAUGAUGAUGUGAGAAUUGCAAAAGAUCAUCCCACAAAAGACAGAGUGGUUGUAGUUUCUGCCACAGAUCGAGAUGCUUCUCGCAACAACAGUCUCAUCACAUUCCGUCUAGAUGGCUACCCAGGACAUGAGACUGAUAAAGACAAUUUUCGGAUUGAUUCUGUUACUGGAGUGAUUUCUCUUCAGAAUUCACUUAUCAAUAUACCUGUUGGAAGAGAACUUAGAUUCCAGGCAGUAGCUGAAGAUAGCGGAACUCCAUCUCGGAAAAGUUAUGUUGACGUCAUUGUGACUGUGGCUCAAGCUUCCAUUCAGCCACCUCAGUGGGUUGAAUUUCCUGAUGGUCCCAUUUGGGUGCCUGAGGUCUCUCAUGCUGGUCAUGUCCUCACAGACAAAUUACGUGCGGUGAUAUCUGGUGGCACUGGUCAAGUAUUGUAUGGACUGCAUCAAGGUACAGCUGAGCGAACGAAUGCCAACCGGACAUUCUAUCAUGAGGUUGAAGGUGGACGUAUGAAGCUGAAAUUAUCGGCUGGUCUUGAUUAUGAGCGCAUUACCAAAUAUGAGCUAACUGUGACUGCACAGGACUCAUCAAAUCGUCUUGUGUCAGAAGGGAACUUGAUAGUACUGGUCAGAGAUGAAAAUGACAUGCGACCAAUAUUUGGCGACUUCAAGCUGGCACAGGUAACAGAAGGCGAGCCAAAGGGUACUGAAGUGGUCACUGUCUUUGCUCAUGAUGGAGAUGCUUCUCCUGAAUUCAGCAGGGUUGAAUAUCAAUGGGUUGAUCCAAAUGAACCAAACAACCAAUACUUCUUAUUGGAUAAGGAAUCAGGACGUGUGACAACAGCUGCUGUGUUUGAUCGAGAAGGAACUCUGGGCAACAGUUUUGUUCUCAACAUUCUUGCUCAUGAUCGUGUUGCAUCUGCUGACCCUCUUGCUCGUGGUGCACCCAAUAACAUGUCCUUACAAUUACUGGUGGAUAUUGCUGAUGUGAAUGACAACUCUCCAAGAUUCACUGGGUUGCCCUACGAGAGUGAGAUCUCAGAAGAUGCCAAGGAAAAUAGCUUGGUUAUUAAAAUCAGUGCUCUUGAUGCUGAUGCAACAUCUGAGAUAACGUAUCGCAUUAUUGGAGGUGAUGAAGAAGGCAAUUUCAGAAUUGAUGAGAGGUUUGGUGAAAUCAGAAUCAACAAGCCACUGGAUUAUGAAAAAGUGAAGAAGUAUGAACUGGUGGUGAUUGCUGAUGAUCAAGUGAAUCAGCCAACUGCAAUUGUUUUGGUUGAUGUGACAAAUGUGAAUGACAUUGCUCCUGUCUUUGAGAAGCCUCUUUAUGAAGUUCGUAACAUUUCGGAGGAUGAUCCAAACUCAGUGGGGAAAGUCCUCACCACUGUGAGAGCCAUUGAUAAUGAGGGAGACAACAUCACUUAUUUUCUUGAUGACCCAUGGAGUGACAUUAUUCAGUUGGAUCGCAACCGAGAUGGAAGUGCCUCGCUGAUUUUGAAGAAGCCAUUGGAUCGAGAUCCUCCAGCAGGACAAGAUCCCUGGAAGGUGAUUGUGUUUGCACAUGACAAUGAUCCCACAAACCAAUUGGUAAAUUCCACAUUUGUGGCAAUCUACCUCGAAGACAUCAAUGAUAAUGCACCAACCUUGAAUAUGGAAGGUGAUACAAUAGUCUGGGAAACUAAUAGGACAGCUAAUUGUCCACACGCAUGCCCGUAUCCAGGACCAAAUUGUGAGAUCGCUGAACUGCGUGCUAGUGACAAUGAUGGUCCAUCAAAUGGAUGCCCAUUCUCAUUUGAAAUUAACCCAGAUAGUGAUGUCUUCAAUAUGUUUGGCAUAAAACAAGGGAAUACAUUUCAGAAUUGUAGUGGGAAAGCAGCUGGAAAUGUCUACAUACUGUAUGCAAAUCAAGAAUUUGAUAGAGAGACUAGGGAUCAGUAUCUGAUCCCUAUUAUUGUGAAGGACAAUCCAGCAAGUGGAUUGGACAAAAAGACAGGAACAUCAACCUUGACAGUGAUUGUAGGUGACUGUAAUGAUAGCCCCAUGCAUGAUGGAGAAUCAUCUAUUGUUGUCAAUAACUACAAGGGAGAACUACCUUCAGGAACUGAGAUUGGCAGGGUCUUUGUGGAAGAUGAAGAUGAUUGGGAUCUUCCAGACAAAACAUUUUCUUGGGCUGGCACUGAAAACCAAUAUUUUAUGCUUGAUGAAGAUAACGGCACCAUCAGCAUUAUCAACACCGCAGCGGACAAGUCAUAUGAAUUGAAAUUUCAGGUCAGAGAUAAAAAACGAGAUGAGACAGCCUUUGGAACAGUAUAUGUAGAAGUCAAGUUGAUCCCUAAGGAAGCUGUCAGACAAUCAGGUUCUUUGCGCAUUCAUGGUCUCAAGGAGGAAGACUUCAUUGGCACAUCAAAAGGGGGUCUUUCAAUGAUGAAGAAAUUCCAGGAUUUGGUUGCCAGUAUCCAUAAUUAUGAACCAAAAAAUGUUGACAUACUAACUGUGAGAACAAAUGAAGCUGAAGCUUGGACAGAUAUUUGGUAUGCAGUGCAUGCCUCUCCAUACAUUUCUGGACAGUGGCUCAACUGGAAAAUGGGAGAAAACAUUAAUCAGCUGCAAAAAAUAUUGGAGCCAGCAGAUCCUCUCAUGUUGGGAAUUGAUGAAUGUACUGAUGAGACUGAUGAGAAAAUGUGUGACACUGGGAGCUGUAUCACCAUCUUGGAGGAGAAGCCGAAGGAGCCUUAUCUUGUCUAUUCAAACCGUUCAACCCUUGUGGCUGUAAACUUGGAGGCUAAGAGGUUGUGUGAAUGUGUGAAACCUGAGAAUAUAGUAUCACCCUGUGAUGAUGACCCCUGUUAUAAUGGAGGCACGUGCACACCACAGAAUGGUGGAUUCUUAUGUGAAUGCCCUGCUGGAUACUUUGGACCCCAGUGUCAACUGAUGGAUAUAUCCUUCCCUAAACCUGGCUAUGCUCUCUACAAUCAUCUGACUGUCUGUGAUAGCUCAGUCCUAUCUUUGGAAGUAUUGGCCUCAUCUGAAGAUGCUCUGGUUUUCUAUAAUGGACCUAUUCGAAAAGGAAGGUUAAGUGAUUCAUCAGAUAUGAUAGCUCUACAGCUGGAAGGUGGUAUUCCUCAUCUGCUCAUGUAUUUGGGAUCUGGAAUGGUCUCUAUCUCUGCUUCUGGCUUGUCCAUUGUUGAUGAUAAAUUUCAUACGCUUGUUAUCAAAUGGUCCAAUCUGAGUGUGGUCAUGGAAGUGGAUGGGAAAUUCAUUGAUGAAGCCCGAUUCCCAAAUGGUUCCUCUCAGCUGAAUGUCCAUACCCCAUUACAAUUGGGAGGAGUUCAUGAAAGCACAGAUCAAGUUUUGAAUGGCUUCCCCUGGAAUCCUCGACCUAUGGGUGGUCGCGAUUUCCGAGGCUGCAUUCGAAAUCUCACCUGGAAUAAUGAGAUGGUGGAUUUGGAAGGUGGUUAUCAUAGUUUGGAGGUCAAUACUGGUUGUUUAGCUGACCCCCGGCAGUCAGCAACAGCAAGCAUUGCAACUACAGCCAGCUUCUUUGGGGCAUUGUUUGGUUGCCUAGCAGCUUUGCUAUUGCUUGUUGUGCUCUUGGUGUUCGUGAGACGACGUCGGGAUGUCAGAGAGGUAGACAUUCGAGAUGGUCUCGGCAAGUAUGAUGAAGAAGGUGGAGGAGAGACUGACAAUGCUGUCUUUGACCCCUCUGUCCUCAAAGUCUCUCUGAUACCCAGGGCUGAAGAUGGAAAAGUUAAAUCAGGUGCUCCCCUUCCAAAGCGACCAUCAGAUGUUGAUACAUCAGAGAUAGGACCAUUUUUGGAGCAUCACAAGGGAGAGGUUGAUAAAGAAGUGGGAAUUGAAGAUGAUGUGAGACAUUACGCUUACGAGGGUGAGGGUUCCACUGCAGGCUCCCUCUCAUCUUUGUCAUCAGGUUCAGAUGACCAAGUGCAAGAUUUUGAUUACCUCCAAACUUUGGGUCCACCAUUCCAAAAAUUGGCUGAUCUCUAUGGUGGCUCAGAUCUGGAGUCAGAUUCUAGUCUAAGUCCCCCAAAUUCCCCUUCCCUUUCCUCAAUCAACUCUGAAGACCGAAGAAGGGGCAAGCCGCCGCAACAAGGCAUGGGCCUGCCAGGGGAAUCCUGGUGUUGAGGAGGAAGAGGUCUCCUAGGAGACCUUCCUCACAGCUUCUAAUGUGAUAUCCCUUCUCUCAAGCCCUGCAUGCAUGGUGCCUCCAUGCACUGCUGCCUUUUUUCUAUUGCAUACUGUCCAUAAGUGCUGUGACUCCAUCAUCAGAAGCAGCAGUGAGCUCCAAUGGUGAAAGUGACCUGGAACAUUCUUGAAAGCUGUUGUGGUAUUUUGCCAUUUAGGAAAUGAAGCAAAUCCUGAUUAUGCAUUCCUUGUUGCAGUUGAUCUCAUAUGGUCAAGAUUUCUUCUUGUUUGUUUUUUUUUAAUAUUCAUGUAGUCAUCAGUGAAUACAGCCAGGAUAAAUAGCACUAAGGCAUAUUCUGCAAUGUUCUUCAUGUGUUUGAAGAAUAGUAGCACUAGUGGGACUGUUUUGUCAUGGCAUCUGACUGGACUUGUUAGCAUGGUGUUGAUGAUGUGCAGAGAACCCUGGACCCAUUUUGCUCCCUGUUUUCUUUUCUUACCCUUAGUUUUUUUCCUUCAUUUUCCUGAACCGUACAGAAAAUAUCAAAUGUAUCCUCUGUGAUAAAUGUUCUGGAACACCCUUCCCAACCAUGUUCAUUCACUCAUCUAUAUAGUGAUAUUCUACCUCUUUCUCUUGAUCAAGAUCCUCUCCUAACACAACCCCAUUUUUCAUAUCUUUUUUUUCUGCUUAAUAAUGAAUCUGCCAGUUUCUACAUAUGUAUACAUGCUGCAGGUAUGACAACAUUCCAACCCUUGCCUGCCCUUUCAACUGCUUGUGUCUUUGAUGAACAGUAUUGUUUGAUGUGCAUGGCUGACACAAUUUGUGCAUGUAAGUUCUAAUUAGAUUUUGGACCUGGUGAGCAUAUUUUUGAAAACUUGUCUGGUAUUUAUUAUUUUGAUUCUAUUGCUGCAUUCCUGUUUUGUUAAGUAUCAGUACCUGGUUUUGGUUUCUAAGCCAAUCCCAGAAUGAUUCAUCUUAGUAUUUUUAUGCUACACUUUGUGCUCACUCCUGUCAGAAUAUUGAGACUGUGCAAGAUUGAUCUCAUGGCUCUGGCUGAAUGAAAAUUGAAGUGAUCAGGCUUUGGGUCCCUUAUUGCAAAAGUUUUCACUUGUAGCAGUACCAUCUGAAAGCUGUCAACAUCCAUGUAUUGUAUUGUAGCAUGGAUGGUCACCCUGUUUUAUUUUUGUUAUUCCAAGUCAACUAGUCAAAGGUUAAAAACAGCAGCAUUUCAUAAAACUUGCUGCAUGAACCAAAGAUUUAGGACAUGAAGAAGUUCUGUCACUAUAGCUGAUAAUGAAAUAUGUCUACAAUGGAAAAAUGCUGUUUUAUAAGAAAUCAUCCAACAUGGGUGACAAUCAAAUUUGACUUCAAGCCAGAAUGACAGGAGGGGCUCACUAGGGGUACAGCAUGGAAUUAUUCAGUGUUCAGGACAGCCUUCUUGUUUAAGUUCUUUUUUUUGUUGGAACAAGUGUUGUGAUAGUGACAAAUCGGCUCUCAAUCACUUUUUUACAUGAUCGUUUUUUGAUUCGUCGGAUGACUUGUGACAUAUUCCCUGUUUGCCUCCAUUCCCAUUUCAUGUGCCAAUUGGGAUGUCUUCCUUUGUCACCUUCCUAGAAAACAUAUUUAAUAAAUUGGAUUCAUUGAA